AUGGUUAGGAUAGCAAUAAUUUCAUAUUCUUUGUAUGGGCAUACUGAGAAAAUUGCCCUAGCAAUUCAAAGAAGUAUUAUUAAUGCUGGUGGUUCUGCUGAUUUAUAUCGUGUAGAUGAAACAUUACCUGAUGAGGUUUUACAAAAAAUGAAAGCUCCACCAAAAACUACAUCAAUACCAAUCGCAUCCACAGAUGUUCUACUCAAUUAUGACGCCUUCUUAUUUGGUGUUCCCACAAGGUUUGGAACUUGCUCUGCACAAUGGAGCACUUUUUGGGACCGUACAGGAGGAAUUUGGGCAAAGGGGAGUUUGAAUGGUAAAGCGGCUGCUUUCUUUGUGAGCAGCGCUUCUAUUGGAGGUGGUCAAGAGAGUACCGUUAAAAGUUGCUUAAAUUAUUUAGUUCAUCAUGGUAUGAUUUUUAUACCAUUAGGAUAUAAUCAAUGUUUUUCUGAGUUAGCAAACAUUACAGAAACCCACGGUGGCUCUCCAUGGGGAGCGGGUACCUUAGCUGGUGCAGAUGGAUCCAGAUUUCCUUCAGAACUAGAGCUGAGAAUUGCAAGUAUCCAAGGCAAAACAUUUUACGAGAUUGUCAAAAAUAUAUAUGACGACAGCGAAGUCACAAAUAAAGGAGCUAAUAUUCCUAAAACUGAAGGUAACAAUACGCAAGCUAAUAAAAAAACCUUAAAACAAGUUAAUGUUGACAAAAAAAACAAGAAAAAAUCUAAUUGUACAAUUUCAUGA